UUGAUGCGGAGAGAGCGUUGUACACGGAGCUAUGGCGUGCAUGUGCAGGUCCGCUUGUGACAGUGCCACGCGAGGGUGAGCUAGUGUUCUAUUUCCCACAAGGUCAUAUUGAACAGGUUGAAGCAUCAACCAAUCAAGUUUCAGACCAGCAGAUGCCAGUGUAUAAUCUUCCUUCUAAGAUCCUCUGCCGUGUAAUUAACGUCCUAUUGAAGGCUGAACCAGAUACUGAUGAGGUGUUCGCACAAGUGACUUUGAUGCCAGAACCAAAUCAAGAUGAAAGUGCAGUUACAAAGGAACCGAUGCCCCCUUCGCCACCACGAUUCCAUGUGCACUCUUUUUGUAAGACACUAACUGCCUCUGAUACCAGCACUCAUGGAGGCUUUUCUGUCUUGAGACGGCAUGCUGAUGAAUGCCUCCCUCCUCUGGAUAUGUCUCGGCAACCUCCAACACAGGAGUUGGUGGCCAAAGAUUUGCACGCAAAUGAGUGGCGCUUCAGGCACAUAUUUCGGG